AUGAGUCAAUGGUCGCCUGGUCGGUUUCAAAGCCACAACUUGAUCAAGAUACAAAUAAGGCAGUUCAAAAAUAAAGCGCCAAUGGAAGGCGCGGUAACACCAGAUGGUGGCAGGCGCACCCGCGCGGCGCUCGCUGAAAUUCCCGUGCGACUGGAUCGUCUUCGGGUCACUCCUCUUCAGCCUGUCACAAACUUGAGAGAGAGAUCCCCAGCAUUGCCGGCAGGGUACUUAAGUCCGGCACCAUCACCUGACGAACUGCUGAUCCAGCAGAGAGGUCGCAAAAGACUGCCCGUGACAUGGUCGCCAGACAUCGAACUGAGGCGGAACUCUUCAUUCCACUCAACCGUUCGCACUCCGCCAAAGGACAAGUCGCCUAUCAAGCUCGGAGUCACUCUUCGUUCUACACCCAGGAAACGUCUACUACUCGACCCUGAACGUAUUCCGCUCACCCCUGAGAAAAUAGACUUCAGUGACAUCAGUACCCCCCAGAAAUUUAAAAUCACCAGCCCCGUUAAGAGUACCCCUCCCAUCAAGCGGUCAAAAAUUGAAAAAACAUUAAACACUGAAUUCAAAGGGCCGAUUGAUACGGCCUUGAAAGGAUUGAGCCCUACCCAACUUAUUAACAUCAUCAAAACUAUUACAUAUAAACAUCCUGAAGUAGAACAAGAGCUUAGAAAGGAUAUGCCAGUCCCUGAUUUGACUCCUCUUGAAGAAAGGUUAAGUUACUUGAAGACUAAUAUCUUUAAAAGCUUACCUACGUCUCGCCUUACAUCUAAAACUGACUCCCCCGCGUAUUCUAGGGUUUCCACGCAUUUGGCUGCAUUUAAAAAAUGUGUAGUUGAACAAGGUAAGAUUUUAGUUGAGUCUCAACAUUGGGAAUCCGUCAUACAGUAUGUUUGUCUUGCCUGGAACUAUGUAAAGGCUACUCCGGUUUGGGAUAAUCAACCGCACAAUGUCCACCGGAAACAAUGUUUUAAGGCCUUAACUACUUUCUGCCUGACAGCCCUAAAAAAAGGUAAUUUGGCCAAAGAUUUAUUGGCCGACAUGCAAGACAAAUUGCAAGGAAUGGUGGCUGAUAGUGAAGAAAUACAGUCUUGCUUGAAAUAUAUUCAAGGCCAGUUACAAGACUGUUUCUAA